AUUGUUGGAAGGAAGAAGUUCCUGUCGUUUUAAGGCUUAUUUUUUUCCUCUUUCGAAAAGAAUGGACCAAACAAGCCUUUAUCAGAAGAUUAGAGAAUCGAAAAACGACACAUUGAGCUGACGCUGGAGAGGGCGUGACACCCAGAGACCCUAAUCUGCUUCCUUGCCUCUAAAAAAAACGAGUUUUUAAUAAAAAAAGGAGAAAAGUUUGUGGAUUUCGAGAUAAAGGAUGAGUACACUGGAUGCAACUAGAGCCGAACUUGCUCUUGUAGUUUUGUAUUUGAAUAAGGCUGAAGCAAGGGAUAAGAUAUGCAGGGCUAUACAAUAUGGCUCGAAAUUCUUAAGUGAUGGGCAACCUGGCACAGCGCAAAAUGUUGACAAAUCAACCAGCUUGGCACGGAAAGUUUUCCGCCUUUUUAAGUUUGUGAACGAUUUGCAUGGUCUUAUUAGCCCAGUUCCUCAAGGAACUCCUGUUCCACUUGUUCUGCUAGGAAAGUCAAAGAAUGCACUGUUGUCAACUUUCUUAUUUCUCGAUCAAAUUGUGUGGCUUGGCAGAACAGGCAUCUAUAAGAACAAAGAACGUGCUGAGUUGAUUGGACGAAUAUCCCUUUUCUGUUGGAUGGGAUCAUCAAUAUGUACCACAUUGGUUGAGCUUGGGGAGCUUGGAAGGCUAUCUGCAUCAAUGAAAAAGUUGGAAAAGAAACUUAAGGAUAGUGACAAGUACAAGAAUGAGGAGUAUCGUGCAAAGCUCCAAAAUUCAAAUGAGAGGACUUUGGCCCUUGUUAAAGCGGGAAUGGAUAUAGUAGUAGCAGUUGGGCUUCUUCAAUUGGCACCGAAGAAAGUCACCCCUCGAGUAACGGGAGCCUUUGGAUUUGUUUCAUCUCUCAUCUCCUGCUAUCAGUUACUUCCGUCACCGCCCAAGUCUAAGACACCUUGAAGUUGGAAGCCUGUUUUUCCCGACAAGCUUGAGUAUCUCUAUCGUUUAAAUAAUUUUAUUGAACUUGUGCUUUAAGUUCAUAUUGGUGUAAGCUUUGAAGAAUUUGUAAACCUGGGGCGACCUGACCCGAUUUUCUUCCUCUGUAGCACCAUCUGUUUCAACCAAAUAAUACUAAUAUAUAUUUGAUUUUAGGUUGUUUUAA